UAUCUAUCGUCGUUGAUGACCUUACAAAAUGUUCUGUACGUGGGCUUGUUUUAUGGAGCUGUAUGUUUUUGUCUAACCAGUGUAGGCUAUCUUAAGGAUCCAUAGGCUGAAAGUUACGUCAACAGAUUUUCGUGUGGGGGAGGGGAUAUGUGAAUUCGUUGUAUUUAUGUGCCAUAUUAAUGGUACAAGGGGCUAGGCUGAAACAGCUGUCUUUUCAAGCCAAAAUGAAAAAGAUAAAAAAAAACUUAUCUGUCAGCAGCAGGCUAACUUAUUUGGCAAAUGUACUGGAGCAAGACUGAUUCCCUCACAUUAUUUGUGAAACCAUUACACAGAGAGAAUGCACGUGCCUGUGCAGCAGGGGCAAAAGGGAGGUUCUAAUUCUUAUAUGCACCAGUCUUGGUUUUGAGAUUGACAAUGAAGCUUCAGGGCCAUUGCCUUUAGCGGACACAAUGACACCGAUGUACACCCUGUUAAGAAAGGAGUUGCUCGAAGAAGUUAUACGGAUCGAUCUUUCAAGCUGGAUCCUUUUGAAUAAACCCCAAAUUGCCAUUGGGUAAAGGUAAUCAUGUGACAUGUCUUUUCCGUCCAAUUUCAACCACGUCUCCUUUUGAAUGAAUAUUGGCAAUAGCAAGGGGUCCACACGGGCAUAUUACAAAAUAAUUUGAAUGUCUUUUUUCUCCACAUAGCUUGCUUAUUUUAAUUGAGAGCGAAAACUCGUAAACUUCAACGAAGCCAAACUUUCCCUAUCCGCGCUCUUGGGGCGUGAGACAACAGGUUUACAAUGAAUUACGAGUUUGAGCGUGAGACGGGUUUCAUCAAUAGUCUGCCAUCGCUCGCGGAGUGCCUUACUGCUUUCCCCCCUGUUGACCACUCAUUUCAGAAGUCAUCAAUCAAAAGCUCAGCGCUCACGAGCCCUCACCCUCUUACCCUACCUCCUUUCGAGCACACCAUCCCAAGCUUGAGUCUCGGGACUCAGCCACGCGAUGCAGGGCCCCGGCACAGCGUAGAUGGGGGAAGCCCACUACACGCCAAAUCUCUGACCCAGGAAUACCUGUGGAUGCGCGAAAAGAAGACUAACAAGAGAAACUGUCCUCUCACACCGACCGGCUUCUUGACUCCUGCGGGAGUCAUUUGCUUCUCUCCAAAAGGCUCACCCGAGCUUCCCGAGGGCGGUUUGUCUAGUGGAGAAGGAGGUUCGCGCCGCCUGAGAACAGCAUACACAAACACACAGCUUUUAGAGCUGGAGAAGGAAUUCCACUACAACAAAUACCUUUGCCGACCACGCCGUGUGGAAAUAGCCGCGCUGCUCGACCUUACGGAACGCCAGGUUAAAGUAUGGUUCCAGAACAGACGGAUGAAACAUAAACGCCAGACCCAGACUAAAGACAUCCACGGGGAGUUAAGCAAGACAACUGUCGGGGAGGAUAAUGGUGCACAGAGCGACGAGGACGCCUCCAUUUGUGGUCUCAGUCAUGGCAGAUUGGGCGUUGAAGAUGGAGAGUCGAACACUUUUCAAAAGGACCUGUCAAACGUCUCUGGGCAGUCCUGUAAUGAUAACGACAUGCAAAAUUUUGAAAUGUUUUGUAACAGAUUUAUGGAAAGAAGUCUAAAAGAUGUUUCCAGUCAGUCACCUACUGCUCUGGGCAAGGGGAUAAUAAUAUGCAACCGAUGUGCCAGUACGGACAAUUGCGAUUCCCCGCAUGUUAUGGACAUGUCUGUGCAGGACUUUUUUUCGAUCGACUCAUGUCUGUCUGAUGCAGCUUCGCCAGUGCUGUACAAGUCUCUAGAAAGCACAGAUGAUGUUUCAACAGACUUUUAUUUCUUUACGGAUUCUCUGACUACAGCUGAUUUACAUAAUGCAAAUUACUGAUUAUCGAAGUGGAUCAGUGAACAAAUGAAAGGAUAAAUCAGGAGUUUUAAAUGAUUUUUUUGUUUGCAAUAUCUGACGCGAUUAUGAUAACAUAUCGAAGGUAAGCUACAUAAGUCCUGUGCCCUG